AUGCAUCUUGCUGAGUAUCUUUUCCGCCGCAUUCACGAACUUGGAGUCCGAUCCAUCUUUGGAGUCCCCGGUGAUUACAGUCUAAACUGCCUCGACUACAUUGCUCCAUGUGGUCUCAACUGGGUCGGUAAUGUGAACGAGCUCAACGGUGGCUAUGCCGCGGAUGGUUAUGCCCGCAUCAAAGGAAUAGGGGUAGUCAUGACUACAUUAGGUGUUGGGGAGCUGUCAGCCAUCAAUGCCUUAGCAGGCUCAUGUGCCGAGCAUGUACCAGUCAUCCACAUUGUCGGAUAUCCCUCAACAGCUGUCCAGGAAAAGCGACUCGCGGUGCACCACACUUUGGGAGAUGGCGACUUUGGGCGAUUUGCCAAAAUGAGUGCUCAAAUCUCAAGCGCCGUUGUCAUUCUCAAAGACAAGUCAUAUGCGACUAAGCUCAUUGAUGAGACAAUUCUCGAGUGCUGCCGUUCCAGCAAGCCUGUCUACAUUGGCUUCCCAAUGGACCUUGUCCAGGCAGAGGUAGAUCCAUCUCCGCUUGAAUAUCCCCUGGGAUUCGAAGAACCUAGCCCCAAUCCGAUAGCGGAUGAGGGAUAUGCUGUGGAUCUGAUUCUCGGCCGUAUUAGAGCAGCUCAAAAUCCGGUAAUCAUUGUCGAUAGCCUGGCUGGAAAACUGCAAAGCCUGAAUACAACGAGGUUAUUCGUACAAAGCUCAGGAUUCCCUUGCUUCAUUACGCCAAUGGCCAAGGGCAUCAUCGACGAGAGCUUGAUAAACUUUCGCGGUUUGUACGCAGGAAAGGUCUCGGAACCUACCGUUUUUGAGCAGGUCCAAUCCUCCGAUUUAAUCCUAGAGGUUGGGCCGCGUCCAACAGACUUAAACUCAGCCGGGUUCAAGACUGAUUUACCUCACAUCGAAACCAUCAAAUUCGAACGUGACAGAAUCCAAAUGCAAUUUUAUGGGAUUCUAGGGCUCGGCAUGAAUGGUGUGCUCGAAAGGCUCAGCAAUGUCCUUGAUAAAGAACGAUCAGGAUCUGUCUCCACGGCCUCCACAUCCCCUCACAGGCUUAGUGCUACACCCGAUAUACACAGGACAGUCUCACCUUCCUCAAACUCGCCCAAGCAAAGUGUGGACGGCGAUGAGUUUAUGGAUUUCGAGGGUAACUUUGCUGACAAGUCUCAACCUUUAACCCAAGACUGGAUCUGGCAGCGAAUGUCUUCCUGGCUCGAAGAAGAUGAUAUCAUAUCCGCAGACCUCGGAACUUCGGCCUUUGGCACAUUAUGGUCACGAUACCCGCGCGGAGCAGUUCCACUAGUGCAGUUCCUUUGGUCUUCGAUUGGAUAUGCCGUCGGCGCAGCAGUGGGGGCGGCCAUCGCGGCGCGGGAAGACGAGAAACAGUCCCAGGGUGCUCAGCGCCGACGGACCAUCUGCUUCACGGGCGACGGUAGCCUCCAAAUGACCGCACAAGAAGUGAGCACCAUGGUCCGCUACAAACUGGGCAUUAUCAUGUUCGUUGUCUGCAACGAGGGCUAUACGAUAGAACGCUUGGUCCAUGGCAUGGAUGAGGAGUAUAAUGAUAUCCAGCCAUGGGACUAUAAGCUUUUACCGGCUGUCUUCCAGGCCGCUCCGAACACUGCUCGCACUUACGCUGUUCGCACUAGGGCUGAACUGAAUAUGCUGCUCGAUGACCCGUCGUUUGGCCCCGCCGAUCAUUAUGACGACAAGAAUCCGCCCCCUUUACGCCUUGUUGAGUUGUACAUGGAUAAAUAUGAUGCACCUGAGAGUUUGCAUGGGACUGUUGAUUCUAUUUUGAAGUGA